AUGGAUAGUUUUAAUGGCUUCACUGACCUCAAUUUCGUAAAUAAUGGAAUGUUACAGUUGUACGCGGAUAAUGAAAAUUUGAAUAAAAUGAUUAAUGCGACAAAGGCGUGGUUUACAGUUAUAGCAUGGCUUGAUCCAAAUAAAAAAAAUGCUGGAAAUAAUUCAGAGGCGCCUUUGGAGGUCAAUGACUCUCUGGAAAUUCUCCGACAUACUCCAUUUGCAAAGCGGCUCUUGGAAUGGUAUCUUGUGGCCACAAAUAUAAAAAAAGCUGCAGUGUGUCGGCAUUUUUCAGAGACUUUUAACAUGAAAUUAAAACAGUGGCGUGAAGCAUGGAAAUUACAAGAGAACACAACUUCUAAUUCUGAAAUAUUGGAAAAUUGG